GCCAUAUUUUUUCACCCUGAAGCUUCUGAAUAGGAAAGUUUUAUUUUGCAAUAAAUAAUUCAAUACAUCACCAUGAAUAUUGCUGAUAUUGAAAAAGUUGCUAAUCGAAAACGGAUUAACGCUGAAGCAGAAAAGUUACGCGAGAAAGUUAACAAGGAGACUGCUAAUAUUAUUAAACUUAAGGUUGCCCAAGAUACAGCAUACUGGGAUUUGAAAGAAAAACUUCAUCAACUCGAAAACAACCAUGAGCGCCUGCAGCAGAAUAUGGUUGAGGUGCAAAUGCAGCACGAAGCCAUUUCGGGUCAAUACCAAGACGAGCUAAGACUCCGGCCUGAAACAUUAAACAAGUUAAGCAGUACUCGUCAGAUCUGCGAUGUUCUAGAAGAAUACAGCGAGCGGCUUAAAGCAAGCGUGUCCCGUUGCAAGAAUGACCAAGCAAUGCUAGCUGAAGCCUACAACAAAUCCGGCCAGCUUGUUAGAGAAAUUAAAGACAAGCAAACCCAGUCUGAAGAGAAGAACUUGCAGAUUAUCAAUAAUUUACAAGAGAAAGUAAAACUUCUUGCUGACCAUAAGGAGCAAAUGUCUCAAGUAUUUACAUCAUCAAAACAGCAACUAGAUUUAGAGUUGAAUGACGCUCGAACUAAACUUGCCACUGCUCUUAACCAAAAAGACGAGUUGUUCGUGGCUUUGAAUGACUUGAGCAGAAAGCUGGAUCAUACUAAACGUGAACUGGAAAAGAAAGACGAUAAUAUCGCUAGCUUACAAACAGAUAUGAAAAAAUGCAUUCUUGAAUGCAAUAAUCACAUCACGGAUAUGAAGAACGCCAACUCUCAGCAAGAAAAAGUCCUGAAAGAAUGUACGGCAGCCAACGAGUCUCUAAAGACAGCGCUCCAGAACCAGGAACAAUUCACUCAGUCGAUUUGUGAUCAGAAUAAUAAGCUACAAGAGAAAAUUUCGACUUUGGAAGAGGAACAAAUAUCAAGCUCUGAAAAAAUUAAAGAUUUGGAAACAAAGCUAGAGGAAUCUAAUUUGGAGUGUGGUAAACUGAUGAAAAAUAUUGAAGCGCUAAAUGAGAAGACAGAAGAAUUAAAAAAUGAGAUAGACGAGAAAAAAAUGCUUUUAGAACAAUCGUUGAUCGAACAACAAAACUUGAAAGAUCAGGUAUUGGCCCUAGAAAAGCAGAAAUCUGAGAUAGUCGUUGAACUUAGCAAUGCUACCCAAGAAUUGGAAUUGAGAUCCGUUAAAAUUGAGGAAUUGACUUCAACCAUCCAGGAGUUACAAGCAAAGAUAUUUGAAAUGGAAACUACCCUGGAGAACAACAAGGCCGACAAUGCGAACAAAAUCGAAGAGAUUAGUAUCAUUCUGGAAACUAAAGUAAAACUUAUAGAAGAGAAAGACGAAGAAUUGGAUUGUAAAGCAUCUACUAUCAACAAGCUCAUGUCUGAUCUAAAGAAUGGUACCGACGCUAGAACUAAAUUAGAAAACAAUAUCGAGAAAAUGAAGAAGGAUAUGGAAACUGAGAGGAAUAUUACAAAAGAGAAGGAAAAUACCUUGACGAAGAAAAUAGAACAGAUGGAGAAUGCUGCUAAAGAAAAAGAAAUCGAGCUAUCAAAACAAAUGUCCAUAAUUUUAGAGACCCGUAAGGAAAAGGAUCGACUACAAGACAAGUUGAAAAGCAUGCAGAAUACAAUAGAUAAUAUCGAAAAAGAAGUAACAGGGCGCUCUGCCUCGCAGUCGACGCGCCAACCCGCUGAACUAGAUGAUAAUGGAGGAAUGAUGAAGCCAGCACCACCGAUUAAGGUUUAG